AUGGGACAGAGAAACAAUGUCACAGAAUUUGUCUUCCUGGGACUCACUCAGAAUCCUGAUGGACAGAAAGCAUUAUUUGUCCUGUUUUUAUUUAGCUACAUUGUGACAAUGGUGGGGAACCUGCUCAUUGUGGUGACUGUCAUUGCCAGCCCCUCUUUGGGCUCCCCAAUGUACUUCUUCCUUGCCUAUCUGUCACUCAUGGAUGCUGUUUUUUCCACUUCUGUUUCACCCAGGAUGAUUAUAGACUUGCUCUCUGAGAACAAGAACAUUUCCUUUUCAGCUUGUAUGGGCCAACUCUUUAUAGGCCAUUUCUUUGGUGGUGCUGAGAUCUUCCUUCUGGUGAUGAUGGCCUACGAUCGCUAUGUGGCCAUCUGUAAGCCAUUGCAUUAUUUGACUAUCAUGAAUAGAAAGGUUUGUAUCCUCCUGUUGUUGUUGGCCUGGGCUGGAGGUUUUGUACACUCUGUGAUUCAGCUUGUUUUUGUGUAUAGUCUCCCUUUCUGUGGUCCCAAUGUCAUUGACCACUUCAUCUGUGACAUGUACCCAUUACUAAAACUUGCAUGCACUGACACCUAUUUCAUUGGCCUCACGGUGGUUGCUAAUGGUGGGGCAAUCUGUAUGUUGGUCUUUAUCCUUCUCCUAAUCUCCUAUGGAAUUAUCUUAAACUCUCUUAAGACUCACAGUCAGGAAAGGAGGCGCAAAGCCCUGUCAACCUGCAGCUCACACAUCACUGUUGUUGUCUUCUUUUUUGUUCCCUGUAUUUUUAUGUAUGUUAGACCUGUUUCCAACUUUCCAAUUGAUAAAUUUGUGACCAUUUUUUAUACAAUUAUUACUCCUAUGUUAAAUCCUUUAAUAUACACCUUGAGAAAUUCAGAGAUGAAAAAUUGUAUGGCAAAACUCUGGUGUAAAAUGUUAAGUAUAGAUAGAAUAAGAAUGCCUCCACACUGA